GCAAUGACAUGGAUUAAGUGUCCAAAUAUAUUUUGGGGCCACUAUGGGUCUAUUAAGUAAAAUGAUCAAAAGAGGGCGUUCUCCGCCGGUAUGAAUGUGACCUGCACUAUAGAGAGGAACCUGACACGAGACACUUCAGAUUGCCGUUCAGUCGUGAGAACAUUUUCGCGAGGGUCUAAAGAAACAAUGAGGUCAACUAUAAGAUCAGGUCAAAACGCUCGAGUAGAUGGGAUUGUUUUGCGGGGGAACAUGCGAGGUCCACCACACGGAACAUAUUUUGGUAUGUUUUUGUUUUUUUUGUGACACUUAAAGACAUGUACAACUUUACCUCAUCCCUGAGCGCUCAUGGAGAGCCAGCGGGUCGCAUUUUCCUAGGUUUUGCUCUUUCCCUCCUCGUGUUGUGGACGCUUUUGGGGAAUUUCACAGUUUGCGCUGCGGUUUUGCGCUUCCGUCACCUGAGAGGAAAAGUUACCAACGUCUUUAUCGUGUCUCUGGCAAUGUCUGACCUGCUGGUGGCUGUUCUCGUGAUGCCGUGGAAAGCGGCCACGGAGGUGACGGGACACUGGGCGUUUGGCUCUUUCUGCGAGUGCUGGGUGGCUUUUGACAUUAUGUGCUCCACAGCCUCCAUCCUCAACCUGUGCGUUAUCAGCUUGGAUCGAUACUGGGCUAUUUCAAACCCGUUUCAGUACGAGAGGAAGAUGAACCGUAGAGUCGCCCUCGUUAUGGUCAGCGUGACGUGGAUCGUAUCGGUGGCCAUAUCAUUCGUGCCCGUGCAGCUGAACUGGCACCGGGCAGACCUGGGCACGGUCAACUCAAGCAACUGGACCACUAAGGAAAUGUGCGAUUCGAGUCUGAGUAGAACUUAUGCCAUAUCAUCUUCCCUAAUAAGUUUUUACAUUCCCGUAGCAGUGAUGUUGGUCACAUACACGCGCAUCUACCGCAUUGCUCAGGUUCAAAUCAAGAGCAUCUCUUCUCUGGAGCGCGCAGCGGAGCGCGCGCAGAGCUGCAGGGCAGGUGCGCGCACCUGUCCUCUCCAACACCGCGCGAUAAGAGAAACCAAACUCUUUAAAACUCUGUCCGUGAUUAUGGGGGUGUUUGUGUGCUGCUGGUUCCCGUUCUUCGUCCUGAACUGUGCGGUUCCUUUCUGCCACAAGCCAAAUUGUGUCAGUGAAGCAACUUUUGACGUGUUCGUGUGGUUCGGCUGGUGCAACUCAUCGCUCAACCCGAUCAUUUAUGCUUUCAACUCUGAUUUCAGAGAUGCUUUUGCUCGACUUCUGUGCUGCCAUGGCCUGUCCACCAAAACACCUCUUGGUAUUCAGUGCAAGGAUCCAGUGUCCACUUAUAACCAGGGUAGCUCUGUUAACACUAUGGAGGUCGGUUACGUCAGUUUGCACAGGGUGGACAACGAAAUGCAACGUCCAUUGGUGGAGCUGCAUAUGCUUGGAGAUGAGAGCGAGGUGAAGCAUAUUAACUCAGAAGAUGCAUGUCAAAAUAAAUGACUUUUAUGUGUAAGGGAGACUAGGGCAAGUUUUCACACUUAAUAUUUCUCAGGUUGCAUUUUUGAAAGUCUAUUUCUGUACAGGCACAUACCUUAAUGUUUUGGCUACAAAAGCUUUAAAAAUGUCCAGGAAAACAAGAUACAGUUCCAUCAACACAUGUUGUUUCUAACGGGACAUGAUGUCGCACUGGAAACCUGCUAUUUAUUGAAUGAUUUGAAGGAAAUGCUUUUUUUUUUUUUUCGAUCUUAACAUAAAAAUGCCAUUUUCGACAUAUUUAAACGAAAAGGACUUCUGUAUUUUUAUUUAGUUAUUUAUUUUAUCAUUUUUAAACAGUUAAACAAUUCAUCUAACAUGCAUGUAAACACUUUUUGGCUAACAGACAUUCAAAUAAAUUGUUUGUAUGAAAUUAGGCUUACAAUUUACACAUGGGACAACUUGCCCCAAUCUACAUUUAAACAUAAUUAAUUUAUUUACAUACUUAAUUCAACAAAAUUCAACAACAUUAAAUGAAGAGCUUAAAGGGAUAGUUCACCCAAAAACGAAAAUUCUGUCAUCGCUUAUUCACUCUCAUGUUGUUACAAGCAAUUUUCUGUGGAUCAUAAAAGAAAAUAUUUUUAUAAACUGCUACACAGUGGAAGUCAAUGGUGACUAAAACAGUUUGGUUACCAAAAUUUUUUUGUAAUGUGAAUAAUAAUGACAUGAUCAGUAUGAUGACAGAAUUUUCUUUUUUGGGUGAACUAUUCCUUUAAGAAAAAAAAGGAUGGUUUGUACCUUGUGUGUUAGUGAACUUACACCAGAAUAAGUUCAGAAUAAAUUGCUUACAUUUGUAAAAAAAAUAAAAUAAUUUACACUUUGCA